AUGGUUGUGGCUCGUCAAGAACCUCCUUGGGUCGCCGCACCCCAAGAGGCCUCACAGACAGCUUCCGCACAGAUUGGUGAUGAUCAUCAGGAUGGUGAUGACCAGCAACCUGGAAGCAGCGGGUUUGACGAUCAGGCUGGACCCCCCUUCUCAACUGCAACUGAUCUUGUUUUUGGAUCCACGACAGCGACAUUGGAUAAUAGCAUGACAGCAACGACGCCGACGACAAGUGCUGUUGAAUAUAGUGCUCAGUCGCUGACGAGCAGUUAUAUCUCCACAUCUCAAACCACAAUGCAAACUACCGCCACGCCAAGUAUGACGACCAGCAUAUCGUGGACGCAACCAGCAUGGCGACCUGGUUGGCCACACGAUCCGUCUUACAUUAACACUGCGACACCUUCUUCUGAGACCAGCGCUGCAACCCUGGAGCCUGGACUCAACAUUCAAGAGAAAGCCCAUCAUGGUCCAAAUGCGACUGUAAUCGCUGGUGUCGUUGUUCCGAUUGUGAUUCUACUAGCGAGUGGCUUGAUAGCCUUGACUUGCCUGCGUCGCCGACGAAGACGUGUCGUCGCUCCUGUUGCUGACAAUGCCGUUUUCUCUGACGCUGUGGGACCUGUCGCUAUGGUAGAGAAGAUAGCAGGGAAGAAGAUCAGUGCGGAUGGCCGUCGCCCAGUUCAGACCACAAUCUUGUCUCCCAUUGAUGAAGCGACGGUAGCCCCUCAACUUCCUCAGCUAGUCCUCACCUCGACUCAGAAUGCAACUUACUUCACUGGUCUGGACACAUUCUCAAUACACUCAGCUGCCACCAACGAAGACCCGCCGCCACCUUAUCGAGCACGAAGUAUGUUGAGCCAUACGUCCUCCGAAAGACGGCAGCCAAGUAUAGCCACACAAGGUGCAGCUCUCGCCCCGGUCUCGCCAAUUUCACCGAUGUCACCAGUAUCUCCUGUAGCUCAUCUCGCCUCACCUUUCUCUGACGCCAACGCAAUCGCCGUUGCUAGGUCGCCUUCUCAAAGGUCAUUUGCUAGUACAUUGUAUUCAAGCAAUGCUAGUGUUUACGAGGCACGACCUGCUCGGCGAAGCACAGGGCCUGCGGAGUAUGUGAUCAGUCGAAGAUCGUCGACGGAUGAUCAGAUACGAGUGAGAUCGCCUUUCGAAGACCCAGAGGACGAAGCUCCCGGUGAGCACCACGAGAGGGUUUGA